UUCCGCGACCAGCCACAUCACGUGAUUACUGGUACUACCAGUUUCUCUUUCGCUACAGAAACCGUGUACUACUGUUCGAUCACUCGACGUGGUUACGUGUGUACGUUAACAGCAACAUAUUGUCCGUGUUUUCACAUGAUGAGAUGCACAUAUCAGCCCCAAACGAGGCUACCUGGUUAACUGUGUGGUUACGUCAUACGGUACGGUAGCUGUUAGCGUCCGUUUUUAAAGACGAGACCAGUCAGUAAAACAAGCUAAGGUUGGACAACGUGAACUAUUGAACGCCUUGCCACAGUCACUAACCAAAUUUUUGAGAGCAGCUAGAACAAUGACAACCAUCGUUGUCGUUUUAAAUGUCCUCAAAUAAAAGAUACCAUCGAAAACACACUACCCAGGACGAGUCCACCGUCGCUACCUGCUAACAGAGUAUCGUGUCAACGCUGUCAUUCAGCGCGGAUUUAAGCACCCUGACAACGCUUUAAAGUGUAACAUCGGAGGACUGGGUCUUUCAAUUUCUUGGGUUCAUCAGUGAAACUGGGGCGAGGAGUUUCUCGGCGGCUCGCUGUGUUUCAGCGUCCAGCCAACACACCCGGGAAGGCCCAGGAAGUCCCCGGACUCACCAGUUGGUCAUGUCCAAGAAGAAGGCGCAUCCCGCGGGGUUGAGUUGAAACCCGAGCAGUCUCUGAAACUCCGAGAUCAGAGUGUCUUUAUCUGAGGUACCCAUGCAACUAAAUUUUUGCAUUAGGUCCUGGUCCAGGUCCAAGUCCAUGUCCUCCAUCGUGGAUUUCCCAGGACAGAGACGGGGCUAUUAUCUAAUUUAGUCCGAGGCCUCGACUUGUCAUAACAAACUCAACAACACUGGAAAUGCGCAUGCUCCAGGAUGAAGCGGUACUAAAGGCGCAUGCGCCAGGAUGAGAGUUUUACCCCAAAGUGAAAAUACGCCCUCUGCUGAUCUAGAUUUUUUCAAUUAUUUAUCAUUAAUUUAUACGACUAUAUAAAAUGAUAUAAAAGGGAUGAUGAAUGUGUGUAGCCCCUAAUGGUAAGAUGGAGCAUGUCAGGGUUAGAUGGAACCAACACUAUCAAUGUUUAUGCGGAAUGCAAUACAUUAUCUGAAAAAGAUUAAACCAAACACCUAGAAGAACAUAACACCAGUGCUUGUUGAAGAUUUGUAUUUAAAUUAAAAAUCAUAAAAGCUCAACCCCUCCGCAGUGUUUUCGUUUCAUCGUUAAUACUAAUAGUUAUUAGUAAGUAGCAAAAAUAACAGUACGAAUUAUUUGAGUUAGUUGAAUUGGACUAUACGACCUGUGCUUCCUGUAGUGCCCAGCAGGGGGCGCCACGCCACCUGCCGUGCGGCGGUGGCGGUGGGCUUGCUUCACGUCAAACUAUUAAGGAUGGGAGUGGACCGCCCGGACCCUGGCGGUUGGCGGCGGGUCGACGCUGACGUUAACUGGGCAGCGAGCAGCGGUGCCAGCCAGUGGCUACCAAGAUGCGACGUGUAACGUUGUGUACAAUUUUCCAGAUGCCCGUAAGUUAGUGAAAUUUGUCGUUUCGUGUAUUUAGUCGCAAGCCCUGCAGCGGGGUCUGAACAAAAACACAAAGAAAUGGCUGGGAUUUUCAAGAAGCAGAUUUUGAAACAUUUGUCCAGGUUCACCAAGAACCUGUCCCCGGACAAGAUCAACCUGAGCACUCUGAAGGGGGAGGGCCAGCUGUCCAACCUGGAGCUGGAUGAAGAGGUCCUGCAGAACAUGCUUGACCUGCCCACCUGGCUUGCCGUCACACGGGUCUACUGCAACAAGGCUGCCAUCAGGAUACAAUGGACAAAGUUGAAGACAAGCCCCAUCUGCCUGUUCCUGGACAAAGUGGAGGUAGAGAUGAGGACAUGUGAAGAGCCCCGCCCCCCAAACGGCCCCUCCCCUAUCGCCAUUACAGCCGGCCAGAGCGAGUACGGCUUCGCUGAGAAGGUGGUGGAGGGUAUGUCGGUGGUCAUCAACUCCAUCACCAUCAAGGUGCACGCCCGGGCCUUCCACGCCUCCUUCGAGCUGUGGCAGCUGCAGGGCAACAGCCUCAACCCCAAGUGGCAGAAGAGCGACCUGCGCUACACCCGCAUCACCGACCCAAAGAGGGGAGAGGUGCUGACCUUCAAGGAGAUCAACUGGCAGAGCCUCAGGAUCGAGAUGGACGCCAUAGAGAGCGAGGACCAGGAUCUGGGCACCACGCCGCUACGCCUCAUCACCAACCAAGGACGCAUCCGCAUCGCCCUCAAGCGCAGGGCGAAGGACUGCCACGUGCUGGCCUCCAAGCUGCUGUUCAUCCUGGACGACCUGCUGUGGGUGCUGACCGACUCCCAGCUCAAGGCCAUCAUCCACUACGCCAAGUCCCUCAGCGAGGCCAUGGAGAAGUCGGCCCAGCAGAGGAAGAGCAUGACGGCCGAGUCCCUCCAGACUGCCCCACCUUCCCCUGGCAUACACACCCUGUGGUCCGACUCCCCGCCCGCGGCCGGCGCCACCCCCAACAACACGAGUCAGUACUUUGAUCAGUACGACGUCAAGGAGUCCUCCUACCACACCUUCAUCUCCCGCUUGGACCUGCACAUCUGCAACGACAGCUCCACCAUGGACCCAGACGAGCCCCCCCCCCCGGGGUCACAGGGAGCCAUGCAGCUGACUUUCAGAAAGCUGGGCUUUGACUACUACCCCGUCCACAGACCUGCUGACGGAUGUAGCCACUGGGAGCGUCACAGUGGAGCCAUGGAGGCGCAGGCCCACUGGGCAGGGAAGCUGCUCCAGGACUUCCAGAAGAGAAUGGAGGCCCCUGGGUUCCCUGGUCCACAAACGGAGGGGCCCACACCCGGCAAGGACUCGCCAGCAAGGACCGCUCAGGACAGGGGCCAGUCGAGUCCCAAGUCGGUCCCGCGUGAGAAGGAGCAGCCAUCCAGAAGGAGCUCGGCGUCGGCCCCCCCAGUCACCCCUCUAAAGAGGCUGAGGUCCAGCUGUGUGGUGGUCAGGAUGGACGACCUGGACAUUCACCAGGUCUCUAACGGAGGGCGCCGUAACAAGAAGACCCAGUCUCUGCUGUCCUGUAACCGCAAAGCUCUCAGCCUGCCCGACAGCGUGCCAGCCAUCCACCUGCAAUUCACCGAAUACUACUUUCACGACAACCCUGAAUUACUAGUGCCCACCUCUAACCUGUAUGCCCAGCUGAACAGCCUGCAGCUGUGUGUGGACCCGGCCAGCGUGCUGUGGAUCAACCUGUUCUCGCGGGGUCUGCUGCGCACCCUGGCCCAGGUUAAGGCCUUCUACCACCUGCAGGACAGCAGCAAGGUGGACGAGCACGUGGACGUCCGCAUGGACGCCACACAGCUCAAGUUCAUAAUCCCCCUGGACUCCUCCAUCCUGGACCACCCCGAGCGGCCCCAGGCCCUCACCGUCCUCCUCCCCCAGGUGGGGCUCAGCAACACCCGCCACUGCCCCCACGGCACCCGGGCCGACCUGGGCACCACCUACCACGGCUUCUCCGCCUGCCCCUUCUUCCAGCCCGCCGCCGCCCGCUCCUUCCCCAGGGAGCAGAGUGCCUUCAAGCCGCUCCCCGCCGCCCUGCUCCGCCACGCCGGGGAGGCGGCGCCCCGGCCCGCCGGCGACCGCAAGCCCCCCCGCUCGCAGGACGUCUGGUCCCUCAGCCUGUCCCGCGUGAGCCUGGGCUUCGACGGGGCGCGCCACUGCCCCAAGGGGAGGACCCAGCCCUUCGUGGAGCCCUUCGGCGUGUCCGUGUGGGCGUGUCAGGCCUCGGCAGUCAGCGGCUCCUCCCCGGCUAGUCCCAGCGGAGCGGGGCAGAAUGGGAAGCCCCACACCCCUACCCCCACCCCCCCCGCCGCCGCCGCCACCGCCACAGCCACCGCCACCCCCUCUGCCUCCGUGACCGACCUGACCAAAGGGGGGGAGGAGGAGUCCCUGGCCUCGGUGCACGUCCUGGCUCAGACCAUCACGCCCGUGAGGGUGUGGCUCAACCACUACCAGUACGUGGCCCUCCUGAGGAUGAAGGACUCCCUGGGCCGGCUGGCCGCCGAGCUGGGCCGGGACAGGCGGGACACCAGGCGGGCCCAGGGCCCCCAGAACAGCCCCGCCCCGACGCUGUGUCUGGCGCUGCUGCUGGACGCGCUGGAGCUGGGGCUCCUGCUGCCGCCGGCCGCCGCGGAGCCCGAGCAGGAGGCCCCCCACACGCCCGGGUCGGAGAGCCCCAGCAUGACGGACUCGGACGCCUCCCCGACGCACCCGCCGGGGCCCCUGGAGGACGGCGGGGUAGAGAACGGCCUGGCCCACACCGACGCGGGUCUGGAGGAGCCCUACUGCCUGGUGGAGGAGGCCUGUGAGGCGGUGGAGGAGGCGGGGGGGGAGGGGGAGCUGGUGUCCCCCCCGCUCUCCCCCCCGGCGCUGUCCCGCGAGCCGUCCUCCUUCAGCCUGGAGGGAGAGCUGUCCAGCGCCCUCAGCGUCACCAAGGACGCGACCAAGGACGCCCUCUGUGCCUCUCUGGACCUGACCAAAGGGGCCUUCUCCAUCACCAAGGACGCCUUCAGCAUGCUGAGCCGCGGCUCGGGCAUGAGCAAGCUGUUCUCCCCGCAGGCAAAGGAGCUGGCCCUACAUUCCGAGAAUUCUUCCUCUCCCUCGCCGGCGGGCAGCCUGCACCUCCUCUCCAUGAGGAACUCUGCCUCCCAGAGCUCCCUGGACAGCUCCAUGCUGGACAGCUCCAUGCUGGACAGCGGCCUGCCCGACGACCGCCUCUCGGUGACCAGCGACACCAUGGACUUUGUGGUCCUCAUGGACUCGGAGUCGGGUCUGGAGGCCAUGCGUCCCAGCAGCAUCCCGGUGGGCAGCCGGGGCAGCCCUGCCCCGGGGCUGGAGGGGGGGUCCAUGGCGGACCUCAGCAGCUCCCUGUCCCUGAGCACUGAGGACAUGAGCGAAGACACGGCGUCUGUGCUGUUGCUGGUGCUGAGUGGGGUGUCGGGGACGGUGGAGGUGAAGGGAGAGGCCCAGCUUGUUGCCCUGGAGGUCCAUAGCCUCAGCCCCGUUCAGAUGGGCAACAUCAAGGUGUCCGACCUGCUCUACGGUCUCACACAAGCCCCUAAACCACCGGAGGCUCCGUCCAAGCGGCAGUGUGCGGCGGUGUGCCUGCGGGCCACCCUGACCGAGGCGGCGGGCUGCCUGGAGGUGGGCGUGAAGGACUGCCAGGUGGGGCUGCUGGCCUCCACCAUGGCCAACCUGGGGCCCUUCCUGGAGGACGAGCUGGGCGGGGAGAGCCAGCCCAUGAGGGUGCACCUGAGCAACGUGGCGGUCACACUGACGGACGACGGACCCAGGAUCUACCCUACCGCCCCCCAGUCCGUCCCCGCCACGGUCAUCCUGGACCAGGUGCUGCUGGAGCGCACGGAGGACGGGUUCUUAAGGCUCAAAGCUGGUGAAGGAAAAUGCCCCAGAGAGGCUGCAGCCAGGAUGUCUGCGGUGUGUCUGGAAAAUCACGCUCGCCAGUGUCAGCCGGAGGGUCCUGAGACCCUGGAAUCCCAGCUUUCUGGGGCCCAGGCCGCCCUCACCCAAGCCCUCUGCGACAGAGACGUGCUCCUCCUGGAACUCAAAAAGUAUGACCCCAUGUUUAGCCUGUAGGCCCUGUUUGGCUCCAUGGGGUAAGACCUCUUCACCUGCUGUGGUGGACCAAUCCUGGACCGGAGGGACCGAUUCCACAAGGUGAUGGAAGCCCUUUAUUAACAGAGACGGAAAAAGAUGGGAAAAUGUGAAUCUGACUUGUUUUGUUCCAAUGCUCCUGAGAUGAGUGGCACGCAGUGGCAACCAGAACAAGCUAAACCAACGGGAAACGAGCGCCUCAGCAUUUCCACCAUUCUUUGGACUAUGUCGAUGUGCACAGUAUGUCGUAUACGUGGAUUCAGUGGUCGUUAAUGGAGCAUGCAAGCGCAAAAUGGUGUUGAGCCCAUUUCCCACUUCAAAUGUUGUUAUUUAAGUGUAGAUUAGUUUAGUUCAGCAACAAACACAAUGCCAAAAUCUGUUACAUGCACUAAGAAGCUGCCCGAGAGCGGUCCGUCUACCAGUUCAUCGUGUCGUCCAUGACUUGCAGUCUUGCUUGGUGAAAGGCCUCAUGUAUCAUUAAUCGGCCUGUUUACCGAGAGUCUCUCUUAAGCACAGAGUUGCAGCCGGGCCGGCUGUCGACCGCCGUUCACUGGCAGCGUCGUACAGUGUUUUUCACCUGCUCACUCGCCCAGUGUUUUCUGUGUUAGCGAAUGUAGCGUUUGUGUUGUGCAACGGAGAGGUAGAGGGAGAGUAAACAAACCACUGUUUGUGUGCAGUGUCUUCUUUACAUUGGAUUCUCCCUUUUAAAUGUCAUCAAGAGAGGGACAAUGCACCUUAAAGGAGGUGAGGAUUGACUGUGUAUGACAGUGCUGAGAUUCUGCAGGCCAGAGCAGUGGGAAGACUCAGUGACCUGUUUUAAAGCUUGACGUUGAUGAAAUUCUACAGCACUAGAAUAGCUCACCAGGGUAUAUUGUGAGCAGGAGAAAGACAUUGUAAAUUAUGGCAAUAACAAUAACGUCACCUUUUCUUUUUUUUAAGUAUUAACCGUAAUUCCUUAGGUAGAGCAGAUCCAUAUGUCUAAUGGACUUUUUAUUCAAGGUACUAAAACAAGGUAAUAAUAUAUAAAUACUCAUAAUCACCAGAGGUGGACACUACUUCUGAAGUGGGUGUUCAUGUAAUGUUCAAUUAAUGGUAAAAAAAAAGAAGAAAGAAAAGAUAACUGCUUUAUAUGGGAGAGAAAAAUGUCAACCUUAGUAUUUUUUCUUCACAGGGAUUCAUUCUUAAGUCGUGGCCCAGUAUCAUUUUGUUUUGAAAAUACAAAAUAUUAGUGGCAUUUGUUAACAAUAUUCAAGCUACCGUAUUUUCCGGACUAUACGUCGCUCCCGAGUAUUAGUCGCAUCAGUCAAAAAAUGCUCCAUGACGAGGAAAAAAACAUAUAUACGUCGCAUCGGUGUAUAAGUCGCAUUUAUUUUUAAACAUUUAAACAAGAACGUUUAGUCUGGAGAGACUGAAUAAAAUUGCAAUAGCAAUAUAGGUGUGUCGGUCCCACUCGUAGUUGAGAGUAUACCGAAUUCAGUGACACCGGGAUUCCACCGGACGGGUAUGCGCCGCGGUCCUAAACCUGAGCGCACGAUCGGGAGGUGGAAGUUGCGCUCACAAGUCCAGCGGAUGGCUCCAGUUUUCGCCGGCCAAGUCAUGCGCUGUGAUAUGUGUGACAGCUAUGUUGUACAACAUUGCAGCUAAGGCUGGGGUAGCUUUGGUUGAACCGGAGGACAUUGAGGACGAUGACGACGAGAAUAUAAUUUAUUCGGUGGUGCAGUAGGCUUGCAGCGUUCAGUUGUAGGCCUAAUGAAUGACGGUGCCAUCUUGCGGCCGAAGAUUAUGUACGCACAAUUUUGGCAUAUAAGUCGCUUCGAAAUAUAAGUCGCAGGGCAAGCCAAACUACAAAAAAACCGCGACUUAUAGUCCGGAAAAUACGGUAAUAGGACCCUAAAUAAACAGAUAACCUUCGUCACCUUGAGUGGCCUGGAAGGAAUCAGGCCAGCUAUUCUACUGGAGCUAGUUUAAGCCUCUUUGUAGCAUAACCAUGUACUGUUGUGUGGUUUUAUGUGAGCAGCAAGAUGAACAGGCCCCUCUUUCUGUCUGAUUGUACAAGGCAAAGUGUUGGAGCCAUAUCAAUCAAAACAUAACGUUGAGAUGAAUUUCAAUGUCUCCCUGCCCACAGUGUUUGUUAAAAUUGUGCCAGUUCCUUUUUCUUUUCUAGUUUGUAAUUGUGUCGCCUAAGUUUGUUCAGUCAAUGAAUGGUUAGUUGGUUUUUCUAUUCAUGUUUUUGUUGCUUUAGUUUGAGCAUUGUCUAAAGUUAGUGUAACCAUACGAAAUGACAUUUAUGUUUACCUUCAGUGUUAAGCUGUCAAAGCUACGGUGCAGGCUUCUUUACUGGGCAUUAUUUUUUAUUUUUUAUCCUUAUUCAUUUGUAAAAAAAAAGACUCAUUCCGAAACCAGCCACUAUUUUGCACCGUUUGUUUCUUACUUACUAGGUACUUGAGAGACCCCUGGUGGUGCGGAUUUGAAACAGCAUCCCACCUUAGCAGCUUUUACAUGGUGUGGUAUGAGUUUAAAAACUCUGGAAUGUAAAAUACUUCAGCAAUAGAAGAGUGGUUUAACCAAACCCUGAUGACGGACAGUUCUGCAAAACACGAUGAGAGGAAAAAACUAAAGGAGACGACACCUCUAAAUUCAUAUUUCUUUUCUUUUGACGUUUACAUUUUGCAUGGCCUUGUAGACGAGGGUACAGUGGUGAGAAUUAAAUGUGAUUCAAUGUCUCAUUUGGAACGUAAUCCUAAAAUUCUCCUACCUCAAACGUCAAGGCCUCAGAGCCAAAGUUGCUUCUGGCUGGGCUGAGACGGUGGUGUGUUCAUUACUGGUACCGUCUUAUGGUCCAAGCAAAACAGAAGGAAUCGCUGAGAACAAUGACUUCCCAUGUUGUGCCUUGUUCUCUCCCUAUGAUUAAUUUACAAAUGUUUGAGUGGUGAUGCAUGCAUAGAACAUUUUGUUUUGUGCUUAAUGCCUUGUAGAUUUUUUUGCACUUGUGGCACAUUCACUGCAAAUUGCACUUUUAAUGUGAAUCACCUUUAAAAAAGAUUGUCCUGUGAUAAGUACCUUCCGCCAUCUGUAAAAUACCGUAUGUAUUUUGUUAUUUGUUCUGAAAUAUUUACAAUGGAUUUUGUAUUAUCACCUAAUUAGAUCUAAGAAAUUGGUUCUGUGAACCAAAGCCGUGUGAAAAACUGAAAAUAAUAAAUAACUCGUUACUGUACUGUAAUUUGGGGGAUUUGUUAAACAUUUAAAGGUGUAUUUAAUUUGUAUACACUAAAAUAUUGAUGUUGUUUUACAUUUCGCAAUAUAGUUGGGUCACAAUUAUUCCAGAUCAAUGCAAGUAUUUUAUAACGGUUUGGAAAUAUGGGUUUAUAUGAUGCAAUACUAUAGAUAUUGUUAUAGCAAUCAAAACAUUGUGACUACUUCUUUUUCAUGGGAAGUAAACGGAUGAAUGCAAGCCUUGAAACUGAAUUAAUUGAAAUACUUUUAAUGUGGCAAACCAACUGUCACUACAUGCAGAUGUUUUUGUCUACAUUUAAACACGAGGCUACAUUUACAAGCAAUGUGACACAUCUGUCUGAUUGUAACAGAAGCAACCUUAUAAGCAUGUUACAGGAACAGGAUAGGGAAUAAAAAAAAAAAUGAAAGGAAUUUUAAAAUCAGCACUUUCACAUUAGUAAACGUUGAAUCUUGAAUCUGUUGUUGCCGUUUGUCUUGCUGUUAGUCUUUGCCUAACUCCGCAGAUAUAGGUGACCAUGGUUUCCUGCUGGGGUUGGCCACAUCUCGUUGUAGUUGAACGUUUUAGAAAAAAGAUGACGAGUCCAUAAAUGUCUGUCGGAGGAGCGACUCAGUGGAAGAGGAUGUUCUUGUGCUUUGUGUUGGGGACCUGUUCCCGGGUCUUGAGCCUCCUCACGGCCUCUCUCAUGUGCUUGGGCUGCAGUGGGGGCGUGUCCCCCCACUUCUCACAAACAUCCAGGGCUGGGAGGAGGGGGAAGAGGAAAGGGAAUCACUACAGAGUUUGUACACCAGAAUGCAUCAUGGGAUUUUUUUUGCAGACACUCUAAUACCACACCAUAUUGAGAGGGAGAGAGCUGAAGUCUUGUUAAAUCCUAAAUAUAUACAAAUAUAUCGUUAUCUAGACUAAUGAAAACAUUGCCCCCUCACAUGAGAAACGCUUUGGCAGUUUCAAACUCAAUGUCUCCCCAUGGCCCAUAAUGCAAAUAAUUUUAUGAUGAAUUACUAAACAAUGACCAAAAAUACAUGACUACCAACAUAAUUACAAACAUCCAAUGCUCCUAUAGGGUUGGUCACUGCGAUGUGAUGUCUUGAUGUAAAAGCCCUACUAUACAUCGACUAUCAUUAUCAAACUUAGGUUUAAAAUGAAGACCCUAACUGCAAUGAACCCUUUUUAAUGUAUGCCACUCACCUUCCUCCACUAUUUCUCCAGCAAAGACCUUGGAAAUUCCAGACAUGGCGAUCACUACAUUCUGAGACACUGAUGAUCCUGUUAUGGACUGAAUUAACUAAGAAACAAAAAAAAAAACAGUACAAAAUUUGAUAACAAUCGAACAACAUGCAUUUGUGUAUCUUUGAGGACGGGGAAGGAUGAAACCCCUCACCCUCUUGAUGGCGGCCUUGGGGAAGGCCGAGCGUCUGUACAUCUCAUAUCGGUUCAGCUGCUCCUCGGAGAAGGAGGACACCAGAACUCUGUCAAGAAAAACACAGCACCGCAGGGCAGCACGUGAAUAAGGGACUCCUGGGAUCACACAGCAGUCAUUUUAACUGGUGUUUAGAUGUGGGGAAUUUCAAGCUUACUGCAUCUUCUGAAUUUCAUCCUCAUCCACUUUCGGACACUUUCUUUCCUUCUUCUUCUCCGGUUCUACUUUCAUUCUUUUGCUGUUAGGCUCGCCCGACGUUCCUUCCUCUUCGUCAUCUCCUGCUGCCGAUU